CCGGACUUUAGCCCGGUGCCCGCGCCUCCCGGGCCCGGGCCCGGCCUCCUGGCGCAGUCCCUCGGCCCGCCGGGCGCACCGUCCUCGCCAGGAGCGCAGAGGCGGACACCCUACGAAUGGAUGCGGCGCAGCGUGGCGACCGCAGGCGGCGGUGGCAGCGGUAAGACUCGGACCAAGGACAAGUACCGUGUGGUCUACACAGACCACCAGCGCCUGGAGCUGGAAAAGGAGUUUCACUACAGCCGCUACAUCACCAUCCGGCGCAAGUCAGAGUUGGCUGUUAACUUGGGGCUCACAGAGCGGCAGGUAAAAAUCUGGUUCCAGAACCGUCGAGCCAAGGAACGCAAAGUCAACAAGAAGAAACAGCAGCAGCAGCAGCAGCAGCAGCCGCCGCCGCUGCCCCCCUCACAGCUGCCCCUGCCCUUGGAUGACAACCCCACACCAUCAGGGCCACCCCUGGGUAGUCUAUGCUCCACCAGUGCAGGCCUUCUGGGUACCCCCUCCCCAGUGCCUGUCAAAGAGGAGUUUUUACCCUAGACCCUUCCAGCCUGGGGCCCAGGGAUCUAGGGACUGGAAUGCUGGGCACCCUGGCUUUGCGGGAGCCCAAGAAGCCGAUUCUGAGUUCCAGCCCUGCUGCUGACCUUUGGGGGUCACUGUGGACAAAUUGCCUACCUAGGACAAGUCGCUUGCCAACUCCCUGCCUCCCUUGGCUGGGUCACGUGAUGAGCCUGCUGGACAAAGACCUCUUCCAGCUCCUGUGUCCUAGGCCAUGGGGUGAUGGGGAGCCACAGCGACGAGGUCUCAGUCACUUGAAGACAUCUCAGGAUCCAGAGGGCUCGCUCAACAAAGCUGUCAAGACAAGGCUGAGGCUCCACCUCCUCCUCCAGGGGCUCCAGAGUGAGGUGGGAGGCUGCUGCAUGGACCAGACUGGCCCUGGAGAGGAGUCAGUGUUGAGAGACGACGACGACGACGGUACCCAUGGGUCUAGACUCAGAUGUGAAGCGUCAGGAUGAUGUCAGUCCCACCUGUCUCCUCCUGCGGCGUCAUCUCCACCUGCCCUAGCACCCCAUGCUCCCAUGCUCUGUCCCCCCCAGCCCCCAAGCCCGGAGGUGGUCACAAAGCCAUCAGGACCAGGCCUGAGGUAAAGGUUAGGCAGUUGGUCACUGCUCUUGAGAUAGAACUUGUCCCCUCCCUAGUACUACAGGAAGGCCUGUGGAUGGAAGAGAAGCUUCUCAGGAUAGACUCAGAGUCCAUUACCUACCUGCCCAUGCCCCCCUCCCCAAGGCAGUCCAUCACACCUAGGGAGCCCCCAGACCCUGGGGAACUCACAGCUGGACAGGGGUUAAGUAGAGUGGAAUCUCUUGGAUGCAGGUUCAGGAAUAAGUUUUUUCCUUUUUAAACAGUUUAUAAAAAAAAAAA